AUUUGAGGGAUCUCAAGCAGGAAUUCAAUUGUUCUUCUUCUAAUUCAGGAAGAGGAGGGAAAGAAACCAUUUCAAAGAAUCGUAAAGAGAGCAUGCUGAUACUAUGAGAUGGGCUGUUUCAAAGAACUAUUAAUCACAGCAUCCUGUGACAAUUGGGAAUCAGAUAAACCCUAUUAAACAGUGGAUACAAUGCAUAGAAGGAAGGAAUUAAACAAGAUGGCUGCCAGAGGAUUCCCACAACAAAAGAGCUCUUCGGAUCACUAUUUAAAUUUAUCUGGGGAAUUACUUUUACAUAAGCCAUUCCCAAAUGUCCUGCCUGUGCAGUGGUGCCAUGUUGUCUCAAAAGAAACGUGUGAACAAGACCCAUUUCAUUCAUUGACAAGUGGUAACACAUUUUCCUGUGCUUUUCCUAAACUAGUAUUGGUUCCAUGAUGGCAUGAUCACAUAGCAGCUGUUCUUUUGUCAUUCCGUGCCAUGUUACUUGGGAGGAGACUCCUUAACCUUAUGGAGAAAUGCAUUACCAUGGCACAACUGAAGCAAGCCCGUGCACAGUAUUGGUAACACAUUUCCCUGUGCUUUUCCUAAACUAGUAUUGGUUCCAUGAUGGCAUGAUCACAUAGCAGCUGUUCUUGUGUCAUUCCAUGCCAUGUUACUUGGGAGGAGACUCCUUAACCUUCUGGAGAAAUGCAUUACCAUGGCACAACUGAAGCAAGCCCAUGCACAGUUUAUCACUGGAGGGCUUGGAGUCCAUGAUUAUGUACUCAGUAGGCUCGUAGCCUUCUGCUCAAACCCAAAUCGAGGGAGCCUCAACUAUGCAUGCCUUCUCUUUGACCAGAUUGAGAACCGACCGAUUUGCAUCUGGAACACCAUGCUUAAAGCCUUACUAAACAAUGGAGCACUCCGGGAAACCAUGAAAAUCUAUCAUAGAAUGCUGCAGGCUAAUGUGAUACCUGAUAAUUACACGCUUCCGUAUGUGUUGAAGGCAUGUGCCCAUAUGUGUGACCAUGAAUUUGGAGAAGAGGCCCAUGACAAUGCUUUGAAACUAGGGUUUGGCUCUGACCCAUAUGUUGCUAAUACUUUGAUCCUCAUGUACAUGGCAUGUGGGAGAACUGAUUCAGCCAUCAAAGUCUUUAAUUGUAGCCCAACAAAGACAUUAGUUUCUUGGACUGUUAUGGUUUCAGGCUAUGCAAAGCAAGGGGAUGUGGACUCUGCAUGGUCUAUGUUUGAAGGAGCUCCUGUGAGAGAUCUGAAAUUAUGGGGUGCUAUGGUUGCUUGUUAUGCACAAAACAAUUGUUCCAAGGAGGCCCUGCAACUGUUUCGACUAAUGCAGGCAGAGGGCAUAAAGCCCGAUGAGGCCAUCUUGGGGAGUGUUCUCACUGCAUGUGCCCAACUUGGUGCUCUAGAUUUGGGAAGAUGGGUUCAUAAAUAUGCGAAUAUCCACUGGGGAAUGGAUCUAAGCAUCAAAUUAAGCACUGCACUGGUUGAUAUGUAUGCAAAAUGUGGGUCUUUAAAGGAGUCAAAACAGCUAUUUGAUAAGAUGUCUCAAAGGGAUGUAGUUUCUUGGAAUGUGAUGAUUGGUGGGCUUGCGAUGCAUGGGGAUGGGUAUGGAGCAUUUGCUCUCUUUACCAAGAUGCAACAAAUGGGUUUUUCCCCCAACGAUCUCACAUUCAUUGCUCUUUUUACCGCUUGUAGCCAUUCAGGCUUAGUAGAAGAAGGGCGCGAGCUCUUUGAGAAAAUGAGCAUAGUCUAUGGUAUCAAACCACAGCAUGAGCACUAUGCAUGCGUUGUGGAUUUCUUGAGUAGAGCAGGGCGUUUCCAAGAGGCAAAAGAGAUGCUAAAAAGAAUGCAUGGGCCUGAAGAAGCAAUUGCAUGGAGGGCUAUGCUUAGUGCCUCAAGGAAUCAUAGGGACAUUGGAUUUUCUGAACUAGCAAGAAAUCAUCUCUUACAAUUGGAGCCUCAUAGUGGGGUUUAUUCCCUCCUCUCAAACAUUUAUGCGGCUGCUGGAAAAUGGUAUCUUUCUGGGAAAACAAUGACAAUGAUGAAGGAAAAUGGGGUCUCUAAAACACCCGGCAGUAGCUCUAUUGAGGUGAAUGGGUUUGUGCAUGAGUUUGUUGCAGGAGAGAGAAAACACCCUCUUGCCAAAGAGAUACGCAAGAUGUGGGAGGAGAUAAAUCGACAGCUGAGAUUGGAGGGAUACAAGCCAGACAUAUCGGGCUCGGCAUUUGAUGUGGAUGAGGAGGAGAAAGAGAGUUUGGUGAGUGAGCAUAGUGAGAAGUUGGCCAUUGCUUUUGGAUUUAUGAGCCAUGGUCCAAAUGUACCUAUCAGAGUGAUAAAGAACCUAAGGGUCUGUGGAGAUUGCCACUCUGUUACAAAGCUCGUAAGUAAGGUUUUUGGGCGUGAAAUCAUUGUUAGGGAUCGGAUUCGCUUCCACCAUUUUAAUGGGGGGUCUUGCUCUUGCAUGGAUUACUGGUGAUCAACAAGUGUUUGCAAGAAUAAGAACUGCAGGCUAAUCUCUCAGCAUGAAGAAGACAUCUAGGCACAUGCUUAAAUUUAGAUGUAUAAACCU